ACAUCCUUUGUUUGCUCUGAUGUGCUAAAAUGUCUAGAAAAAAAUUAACAACUCAGGAAGCUUUGGAUCUUUUUGCUGAAUUGCCAUCCGAUUGCGACUCAAAUGCUUCAGAUGUCAGUUCUGAUUCAGAUGAAAUUGAAAUCCAGGAGAGAAUAACUGAGGUUGAAGUUAUUGCUGAAGAAGAAAGGGAUACCUGUGAGAACGAGGCUGAAUUUACAGAACCCUCAGAAUCUUCUGUUCCGUGCUGGAACAAACAAGAAGUUGAUAUUUCACUGCCAGAAUUCAAAGAAGAUUCGGGACCGACAGGUGAGAUUUUUGAUUUGGAUGAUCCAACACCUGUAAAUUUAUUUUUAAGUAUAUUCACACUUAAGUUCAUUGAACAUAUUGUUUUUCAAUCAAACUUAUAUGCAACACAGAAAAACAGUGUAUUUUCCCCUCUUGAUAGUAACGAGUUUUUGCGAUUUCUCGCUGUAAAUUUGCUAAUGGGCGUAAAAAAGUUUCCAAGUUAUCGGGACUACUGGAGAAGUACUGCACUAUUACACGGUGAUUAUAUAGCAAACAUAAUGCCUGUCAACAGGUUUAGUUGGAUAUUGGGAAAUUUUCAUAUAAAUGAUAAUUGUUUACAACCUAAGAGAGGGGAAGCUAAUUUUGAUAAGCUAUACAAAAUACGUCCUCUUUUAAAUCAUCUCUCAGAAAGGUUUAUGGCAGUUUUUAAUCCUAAUGAAACUCAGGCAGUUGAUGAAUCAAUGAUUCGCUUCAAAGGGAGAAGCAGCCUAAAGCAGUAUAUGCCUAAAAAACCCAUCAAACGCGGUUACAAAGUAUGGAUGCGAUGUGAUGUCACUGGAUUUGCAUGCCAAUUUGAAAUUUAUACUGGCAAACUCGGUGACUCUGUGGAAAAAAAUCUAGGGGAGAGAGUAGUGAAAACUUUGUGCCAGCCUCUUUAUGGUAAUAACCAUAGAGUUUUUAUGGACAACUACUUCAGUAGUUAUAAUUUGUUUCGCUUUUUAAAGACACAGAACAUCUAUGCAUGUGGCACUGUAAAUAUGAAUCGGAAGUAUCUACCCAAAAAUUUAAAAGAAGACAAAUUUAUGUCGAGAGGAGAUAUAGACUUUUCAGUUGAAGUAAAGAACAAUAAAUGA